AUGGAUUCUUCAAAGGGCAUACCUCCUUUCCAACAAGAAGAUGAAAUCCUAUCAUUCAAUAACGAUGCUGAGGAAGAAGCUAAAAUUUCUAAGAUAGAAAAACGGUAUAUUGGAGUCCGAAAGCGGCCGUGGGGGAAAUUUGCAGCAGAAAUAAGGGAUUCAACGAGGAAUGGAAAGAGGGUUUGGCUGGGAACAUUUAACAGCGCAGAAGAGGCUGCAUUGGCAUAUGACCAAGCUGCAUUCGCAAUGCGAGGUUCACUGGCUUCCUUCAACUUCCCCGUUGAAAUCGUGAAAGAAUCACUAUUAAGUAUAAAAUACAGAUGCAAGAAUGGUUCAUCCCCAGCUGCAACGCUAAAAGAGUCAUACAAACGAAGAGGUAAAUUUAUGAAGAAACAAAUUAUUGAAGAAGAUGAAGUGUUGGUGUUUGAGGACAUGGGGCCUGAUCUAUUAGAUGAGCUACUAUCUAAGAGUUCAGCUCAAUAUACAGUCGACAAGAUCUAUUAA